UCGCGGUAAUAUGUGAGAUCAAAUCAGUUGUUGCCCUCUAGUGUCCGGCAUCUGUAGUUGCUCUUCCGUCAUCCAACUCAUGGAGCUGUGCUCCGAGGCUGUAGCUACGAUGAUAUUUAUAAUAUUCUUAAUUUAUUGUACUUCCUUAGGUACUGGUUUUGAGAUGAAGUCUAUUUUUUGUUCAAUAUCUGAGAGCUGCGACUGUGACUACAAACCAGACAUAAAAGGUUUAGAGUGGGACCUUUAUAAAAACGUUUAUGGUCAGCAUAUGGUUCAGGACAUUGUCUCAGAAGCAGUGGUGAAAUUUUUACUGAAUGAAAACCCAGACAGACCACUAGUGCUGUCUUUCCAUGGAGCAUCCGGGACUGGAAAAAGUAUGGUCAGCGCUAUGAUUGGACGACAUAUCUAUGGAACAGCCAUGGGCAGUCCGUACAUCCAUCAGUUUGUUCCCACGUUACACUUUCCCUUAGCCAACCGGGUGCAACAAUACAGGUCUGAUCUAAAACGUUGGGUCGAGAGAAACCUAACCGCUUGUGCUCGCUCAAUCUUUAUCUUCGAUGAGAUGGAGAAAAUGCCUCCUGGUGUGAUUGACGUUUUAGAACCGCAUUUAGGCCCCUUUCAUGUUCUGUUCCAGACAAACUACCGUAAGGCGAUUUAUAUAUUUAUCAGUACUGUAGGUCAGGAGGUAGUUAACAAACUUGCGCUGGAGAGUCGACAGGCAGGUAGAGAUCGAGAGGACAUUCGCCCUGAUGAGCUGGAGGAAAGUAUUGCUGAUGCCGUGUACAACAACAAGAACAGUGGGUUCUACCACUCCAGAAUAAUUACAGAAAAGCUCAUCACUCGUUUUGUGCCUUUCCUUCCCUUGCUUCGGCGACACGUGGAGCGCUGUGCCCAGCGGGAGCUCUGCCAGCGCGGGGAGUGUCAGCGUGCGGAUGUGGCAUCAUCUGUAGGGGGCGCCAUAACUUACACACCAAAUGACAGCCAGUAUUUCUCCAGCACUGGCUGCAAAUUGGUACCAGCUAAAGUUAACCUGUUCCUUUGAAUGCUGAAGGUAGAUCUCUUUAGGAUCUUCACAGCACAAAGACUUUUGGGAAGCCAACUGAAUUUGGGAUUUUGAGACAUUCUUUCAGUUGUAUGUUUCAGCCAUGUGGAUGAGUUCUGAUAAAGAAUGUAGAUGAUUUGAUAAACAUCUCAGGUUUUUGCAGUUUUAAAUCAAGCAAGAAUAAGCCAGUUGCUAGGUAAUACAAAGGCAAAUUCACAAAGCCGACCUCUGUUAUACUUCAGAGUUCUCUGGGUCACUGAAACAACCUACAAAACACUCAUUUUCUGUGUGGAGUUCAUUACAAAUCAAGUGCUCUCUGAACUGAUUAUUUAUUUUAUCAUGGGCUGGCAAUUAAACUAAUUGCUGUAUUUCUUAUGCUGACCACUGGGUGGCAGCAGUGCCUAUUUGAAGCAGGGUUUUUGUCCCACAACACUUUUUUUCUCUUUUUUUUUUUCAAUUUUAAAACAUUCAUAUUAAAUAUGUAAAUGAAACCAGAAAGUGGAAUCUAUCAGCUCUUUUAGUAUGUUGUACAUGAGGAUGUCGUAAAGUGACAGUUCACCCAAAAUGUAUCAUUUACAAACCAUCAUUCCUUGUUACAAACUUGUAUGACUUUAUCUUUUUAUGUGGAACAUAAAAGAUAUUUUGAGAAACGCCUCAGUGUUUUUUUGUUUUUGUUUUUUUUCUAUACAAUUGGUGUCAGUGGUAACCAAAACCACUGCAGAAAGUCAUACAGGUUUGGAACAACGUGGGGGUGUUAGAUUUUGUUCUCUCAUCUGAAAAGCCACUUUGUCUAGUUUGAUCUGAGACAAAUUGCCAGAUUUUAAAUAUUACUUAAAUUAUUUAGUAUUUUUUUGUUCUCUUUACUAUAUAAAACUCCUUGAAUGGUUCUAACAAAGAACAACAGUUAAUUUAUUUAAUUUUAAACACUAAAAUAAGUGCCCUGAAAUUCAGUGGAAUUGUGUCCAUAUCUAAUUCCAGUGUUGUUCACUGUUGUUUACAUUGUACAGUUAUUCUGCACAUUCAUUUAGAAUAGUCUUCAAUGUGAUGUAAAUAUGUUUUAAAGGAUUUAAAGCAUUUUCUUUAUGCAUCUUUCUAUUCAUUGAUCAACCAUCUUUUUCAGCAAUGUUAUUUUGUCUUUCUUUUUUAUUUAAUUUGAAACAUGUACAGUAAUAUAAAAUGCAAAAAAGAAACACUUCAUCAAAAACAAGGCAAUAAAAUCAACUUUCAUUUUUUAA